UAUCAACUGUCACUAAAAGUUUCGAGGCUAUAGUAUGAGUACCGGCAAACCCAGGCGAAAUGAGGACGGCGGAUCAGAGGAUUCACCGCCGUACUCCAGGCUAUUUAUUGUUUGCGAGCGGCGCCUAACAGAGGAAGAUUUCAGGGAAGCUUUCUCAAAAUUUGGGUCAAUUGAGGACAUACGGAUACCACGUAAUCAUGCGACCGGACAGUCGAAGGGAGUCGUAUACAUAAAGUUCUCUAAAACUAGUGAAGCGGCGCAUGCUUUGGAAGCAAUGAAUAGAAAAUCGAUUAAAGGCUAUGCUCGUACGUUAAAAGUGAUGGUAGCAUCUAGUCGAUCCGAUAUUCACACAGAAGACAACAAUGAGAACAAAUAUAAAAGGCUAUUCAUAACAGUACCUCAAGUAAUUACUGAAAAAGACAUAGAGGAUGCAUUCAGUCAAUUUGGUAAAGUAGUGUCCGUCGUCAUUCAAAGAGAUCGUGCAACUGGUAAUCCUAAAGGUUUUGCUUAUGUAUCAUAUAGCAAAUUUUCUGAAGCAGCAACUGCUUUUGAAGAAUGUGACAGGAAAUAUCGUGCUAUAUUUGCUAUGCCUAAAGACAGCUAUGUAAGACGUCCUGAAUCUGUUUUUGAUUCAAAUGUCAAUGAACUAAUUAACACCCCUUCAUGCAGUAAUGCUGCUCUUGUAUCCAUGAUGAGUACACCUGCCCAGGGUUACACCAGAGUAAACUUUAUGUGUUGUCCAAAUUUGACUAGAAUGCAUCUUGAAAACCUAUUUGACUUAAUUCCAGGUCUAGUAGAUUUGCAAUAUUUUGUUGACAUAAAUCGUCGCUGCGGAAAAGGUCUUGCAUCUUACUCUAAUCCAGUCUCUGCAGCAUAUGCAGUGGAGAAGUUAAAUGAAUUUGAGUAUCCACCUGGCUUAAAAAUCUUUGUGAGGCCAGAGAUAUCUAGGUUUGACAUGCAUAAUCAAAAUUACAAUAAAUUGUCAAAUGCUGCAUAUAAUUUGAAGAAAGCUAUUAAUUCUGCUCAGUCCCCCAAUCCUGACUUAGCACAGUUAACAGAAGCAAUUGGUGAAGCUUCUAGGCUGCUUAAGAUGGCUACAACAGGCGUAACAGAUGACAUUGCCCCUGACACAAAUGACUUGAGCUACUGUAGUGUGAAGUUGCCUCCCCCACAGCCACUAGCUGAUAUUGACAGUGAUGUUGCUAAGAGAUGUUUCUUAGUUUGCCAGCCUCAGCCUCCUCCUUUGACAGUUUUACGUGACAUAUUCUGUAGGUUUGGGAACCUUAUUAAUGUUUAUACACUACCCAAUAAGACAGUUGGUUAUGCUCGGUAUGCUAAUUCAAAAUCUGCCGAUGAUGCAAUAAAUGUAUUGCAUGGAGCGGAAGUUUGUGGUGUCCGAAUAAAGGUUUUAGAAGCGGAUGAUGAAAAAACACCAAAAAAGAGGAGAAUGAUUGAACAAUGAACAGAAUGACUGACGGACAGUGGACAUUGCUUCUCACAGUAAAGGACAACUUACAUACUACUGACUACCAUAAAACU